GAUCAUGCAGCGGCCGGUGACGAGAAGCCUGCAGCGCUCACCAAUGGAAGUGCAACUGCUAAGUUUACCCCUAAGCCACGUGUCGGCGGGGCCGUGGAGGAGGAGAACGGUUUUGAUGUCAAUCAGGACUUCAGCUUGGUGAAAGAUUUUGAUGGCCUGGCCCUGGCAGCUCGGUGUCUGGUGCGCCUCUGCGAGAAUGGGAACCUCACGGUGGCUGCGGAGCUGAUCCAGGCCAAGGCGGACGUGAACAUGCCUGAGCCGGACAUCGGGGUCACACCCCUCAUAGCGGCUGCCAACGCUGGCCACUUGGAUAUCUGCAAGUACCUCUUCAGAAAAGGCGCGGAAGUUAGCACAGAAGUACAGGAUGGUACAAGGAGAACCGCCCUCCACGCAGCUGCGCAGAUGGGCUUCGCUUCAGUCGUGCAGCUGUUGCUGGAGAAGAACGCCGACCCGCGGGUAGAGGACCUCACGAAAACACAUCCGCUCCACCUUGCGGUUCGCUUCGGCCAUGCGGGAGCUGCAGAGCUCCUUCUGAAAGGCAAAGCCAAUCCGAACUGCUCCGACGACCAGGGCCACGUGGCCAUCAACGACGCGGUUGCUAAGGACCGCUUCGAUCUGGUCACGAAGCUCUUGGAACAUGGGGCUUUGGUCAAUGUGCGGAAUAUGGCUGGUUUGGAGGCGAUCUCCUUCUCCCGCACUCCGCAGAUGCAAUCCAUCAUCAUGAAGCACGACGUUGCGGCACGGGCCGAGUUCGCACGACAGCCCGAGGCCCAGAGGUCUCGAGAGAUGACGCACCUGAAGACAGCUCGGCACCAUGAGGUGCAGGACCGCCCCACAGACUUCGUGGAUAGACAUGCCCUUCACAAUAUGUCGCAGACGCUGCCUGCGAAAGAUGCCGUGGGCAAUCAAUCGCCGACUCUCUCUGCCAAAGAUGCAGGGAAUGCCUCUGCUGUGACCAGCACAGCAGCUCUGGACAAUGAAUCCUUGAGCACCCGCAGGAACCUGUACGGAGCAAUCAUCUUCGGCAGUUGUGGAAGUCUGGUGUUCGGCUUCAUUUGUGCGCUUAAGUAUGCGCAAGCGAAGAAGAGCGUCCCGAAGGCAGGUGCAGCAAACAAGAUCGCGGAGGAUGGCUCGGGCCAACGCAGUUUCGCAGGAGGUGGGGCUGGCUAUGAGUACCAGCAACUGGAGGAGGCAGCGCAAGAAGUUCAUGAAGGUCUGGGUCAGGAGGAGAUUGAAGACAUGCUGGAGCAGCUGAGUCCAGAGGAAAGAGAAGCACGCCUGAACGCAUGGGCCCUGGCGCGUGCAGAAAAGCUCCGGAGCGACAAUGCUGGAUUCUACGUCCUUCGCAAGACCGUCUUGGUAGCCCUCAUGAUCCUUUAUGUUGCUGGCUCCACGGGCAUUCCUGCGCUUCACCGAGGUGAGGCGAGCUGCUCACAGGGCUUCUUCUGGGAGACACACAUGCAGUUCCUUGCCAUCGUUCUUGUCACCAAGUUGGCUGAGCUGGCUCUAAUGGCCAGCGAUGACAUGGUAGCCUGGGACAAGGUGCACCUUGUCGACAUGCUGAUCAAGUUUUUGCCUUCAUUCCUGGGGUUCUUGGAUGGCUACACGGAUGCGAACGCGAUAGUCAUCGCGGCUGCAUGUGAUCAUCCGCUGGCCCAGGCGCAGCCGACCGCGCAAAACACACCUAAUAAAUGGAGUCUACCUGUACCCUCGGGCGCCGAUUAA